AUGAUAACUAAGCUUCUAAUGGAAAAUCUCAGAACCUUAUGUAUACUCGGAACUUUAAGAAAAUAUGUUUUUGAACUCCGGACAGUCAAACUAACGAAAGCAUCGAUAAGACGACGCUAUGGGAAGAGUACUUUCCGGGUAGUGACCGGCCAGCAGUCAGCACGAGAGCUCAGUCGCUCAGUCCUCCUUCAUUUCGGAAGCAUUUCAUGUGAAGCAGUCGCUAGUGAAUUCAAAACUUUAAAGCUGGGCGAAUUUCAGUUGAAGGUGUCCUCUACGUGUUGCAGCGAGAUAACAGCGAAACAGCGUGAGACGAAAAGAUAA